AUGGAGUUUUUUAAGACUAAAUCCAUGACCAAACGUGAUACUGGUUUCAAAAUGCUACCAGAUAUUAGCAUCUACAAACAACUGCACGAUUACAUCAUUGAAGGACAGAUAGAAAAGGUAGACGAUUAUAUUAACUUUGGGGCAGACAUCAACUUUGUACUUGAGGGCAAGGGUACUGCGUUGAUAACCGCUGUCGUAUCAAACCAGAUCCAGGUCGCUCAGUAUCUGAUACAAAAGGACUGCGACAUAAAUACUCCAGGCCAAGAUGGGGUACCUCCUCUAUGUCUAGCCCUGAAGAAGGGACAUAUGGACAUGAUGGCAGUCUUGGUGAAGGGAGGCUGCAGAGUCAAUGUAGUUGAUCCGAAUACGAAAAUGGCACCUCUGUGCCUAGCUAUAAAAUUGGGCAACUUCAACGCAGUUAAGUUGCUGGUUAGGUCAGGCUGUGAUGUUAACCAAUGUGAUGGAUAUGGCAACACUCCCGUUCACCUGGCUGUCACCUACAACUAUAUUAAAAUUUUACGAAUGCUGCUGAAGCAGGGCUGCAAUUUGAACAUAUUCAACAUGAACGACAAAGCUCCUUUGCAUCUAGCAACUGACUUGGGGAACGUGGCCGCAAUUAAGAACAUGGUUUUGGCAUCCACGGGAAAGAUAGCGUUUGAGGCUCAAUUGAGUGAUCUUAGCCUCCGAGAUCAUGAUAAUGCGUCGCAUGCUUGUAAUCAAAUGGUAAGAUCUGGAAGGACAUGCGUCACUUCCUGUGACCUUGACUUACAGACUCAACUUGGUAACGAAACAGCGCUCCAUAUUGCCGUUCGACUAAAUCAUGUUCAACUGACAAAGUUCUUUCUACGUUCUGGGGCGAGUGCAAAUAUAACAAACACCAUAAAUCAGACACCCUUGUAUAAAGCAUGUCUCGGUGGACAUAUCGAAGUAGCCCGGGCACUUCUUGAUGGUGGUGCAGAUUUACACCACCUUCCAGACAAGCUCAGUGACACGCGAAGUAUCUCUACGAAUAUCUCCGCGUGGAGCACCAAUCGGAACCGAAAUUCCACUCUGAUACAUGUUGCAAUAGUGCAAAGCAAUCUAGAAAUGGUGAAAUUGUUGGUUGAGUACGGCGUUGAUCUGAACGAUCAGGAUGAAAGUGGCGAAACUGCGCUCAGUUACGCUAUUACUUCCGGAAAUGUUGACAUUGUGCAGUUUCUAAUAAGCGAGGUAUCAGAGACGGGUAUAGAUGUAACAAGUACAGACAACAAUAGGAAUAAUCCUCUUCAUCUUCUUAGCUAUUGUAAAGAUCCAGAUAAUCUUGUUCAAACUUUGAUUAAUUUGGGUUGUGACAUUAAUGCUCAGAAUGCAGAUGGUAACACACCAUUGCAUUGUGCAAUACUUGGAGAACACUCAACCCUUGUCGAACUUCUUUUAGACAAUGACCCUGACAUGUCUUUAUUGAAUCAAAACGGUCUUGGGCCAGCUCAUUUAUGUGUCGCUAAAUUUUAUCAAGAUGUUAAAGUGUUGAUAUCUUUGUUAUCUCAUGGCGCUGAUGUUAAUAGCAAAACGAUAGAUGGCAGGUCGAUUUUAGAUGUUGCCUUAGAAACAAAUAAUACUAAAGCGUCGAUGUUUCUUGCAUUACAAUAUGUGAAUGUCAGUCGAGAGAGUCUUGCUAUGGUCGAUUGUUCUAAUAAGGUUUUACAUAAUAUGUUGUUUCAGUUGAUUGAUCAACCAAAACCCUUGUUAUGUCUGAGCAGAACGAUCAUUAGAGAACAUUUUCAGAAAUUUAAGCUUUCAUUUAAAGACAUGUCUUAUUUACUGAUACCACGUACUCUAAUAAGUUUCUUGGAAAUGAAAAUAUUUUAAGACUGCAUGUCAUACAGUUUUAAUGUCAUUGUAUUUUACAAAAGCAGUGUGCUAGACUGCGUUUUUGAACUGCCCAUGGUGCAAGUAUAUUGCAUAAUA